AUGCAGGUGAAAUGCUGGCAAAUUCGGAGGCAAACAAAGGCACCUCAAGCUGCAGGAGCAAUUCAUACUAAUUUUGAAAGAGGGUUUAUCUGUGCAGAGGUAAUGAAGUUUGAGGAUCUUAAAGAGUUGGGAAGCGAGUCUGCUGUUAAGGCUGCUGGGAAGUACAAGCAAGAGGGAAAGACUUAUGUGGUUCAGGAUGGUGAUAUUAUAUUUUUCAAAUUUAAUGUCUCUGGUGGUGGGAGGAAGUAAGGUAUUAUUAUGCUCUGCAUGUUUCUCUGGUUUAAACAACCAAACAAACAAACUCUGUAUCUGAGAGAGUCUUUAGGAAAGAGGUUUUUUUUGGUGCUACUGUGUUUGUUCCUUGGACAUAAGUUGUAAUCCUUUGUUUUGAAGAUGACUGAAUGAAUAUUUGUAUGAAAUAGAGAAAUGAGAGAUGCAUGUCAUGCCAUCAUUCAUCAAUGAGUUUUUUUUU